CGUUCAUCCUCCGGCAAUCUCGAACAUGGCUGGUCUUGAGUUACUUUCGGACCAGGGAUACCGACUGGACGGGAGGAAACCCUCGGAGCUGCGAAAGGUGCAGGCCCGCAUGGGGGUUUUUGCUCAGGCCGACGGUUCAGCUUACAUCGAGCAGGGAAACACCAAGGCUUUGGCGGUGGUGUACGGCCCGCAUGAGGUGCGUGGCUCUCGCAGCAAGACCCUGCACGACCGCGCUGUCAUCAACUGCCAGUACAGUAUGGCCACCUUCAGCACGGCCGAGAGGAAGAGGAGGCCCCACGGCGACCGCAAGUCAAGCGAGAUGAGCUUGCACCUCAAGCAGACCUUCGAGGCGGCCAUACUGACGCAGCUGUACCCGCGCUCGCAGAUAGACAUCUACGUCAAGAUCCUCCAAUCGGACGGCGGGAACUACAGCGCGUGCGUGAACGCGGCGACGCUGGCGGUCAUCGACGCGGGCAUCCCCAUGCGGGACUACGUGUGCGCCUGCAGCGCCGGCUUCGUGGAGGACACGCCCCUGGCGGACCUGUGCCACGCGGAGGAGAGCGGCGGGGGCACGUCCCUGGCCCUCGCUCUGCUGCCCCGGGGCGGGCAGAUCGCCCUGCUGCAGAUGGAUGCCCGCCUGCACCAGGACCACCUGGAUGCACUGAUGGAGGCGGCCAUGACGGCCUGCAAGAGCCUGAGCAACGUGCUGGAUGGGGUGGUCCGGCAGCACCUGCAGGAGGUGUCCCUGCUGACCCGGGAGUGAGAGGGAGGAGAGGAAGGAGAGGGGGAGGGGGGGGAACGGAAAACAGAGAG